AUGAAGCAAAACACUUUGCUGAGCUUGGGUGCGCUCGUGGGCGCCGCGAAUGCACGUUGCGACCCUGGGAGUAUCCAGGCUGCACUUCCCAGCGGCGCAAGCGUAAACUUUGCUUACUCCCUCGCGGCCAACUCUACGUUCCAAGUACCAAACAGCACGACUGGGUACCCAGAGAACCCUCAGAAUCUUCCCAGUUUGUGCGCGGUGUCUGUGCAGGUCAACUCGAUCGGCAACUCAACGUACGGCUUUGGUCUUUUCUUGCCCGAUGAGUGGAACGAACGUUUUCUGGCCGUCGGCAACGGUGGUUUUGGUGGUGGCAUCAACUACCUUGAUAUGGGCGCGGGAGUACGUUACGGAUUCGCCGUGAUGUCGACAGAUACUGGCCAUAACUCUUCUCUUUUCGAUGGAUUGUGGGCUUAUCAACACCCGGAAAGAGUGGAAAACUGGGGACAUAUUGCUAUGCAUGGUUCUGUCGUUGCUGCGAAAGCCAUCACUGCUGCGUAUUAUGAACAAAAUGCUCACUACAGCUACUAUUCUGGAUGUUCAACUGGCGGUCGUCAGGGUCUGAAAGAAGCCGAAUUCUACCCCGAGGACUUUGACGGUAUCGUUGCUGGAGCACCUGCUUGGUGGACUGCGCACAUGCAACCCUGGACAGCCCGUGUCGCACUCUACAACUUGCCGGCGACUGCGGACUACCACAUUCCGCCUGCUCUCUUCUCCGUCCUCAACGCUGAAGUGAUCAAGCAAUGCGAUCCACAGGAUGGUCUUACCGAUGGCCUUGUAUCGGACCCGCAAGGUUGCAACUUCCGCCCCGAGGCUCUUCUUUGUGGUGCGGCUGCUGGCGCGAACAGCACGAAAUGCUUGACUGGCCCUCAAAUCGACACAGUGUACAACCUUUUCACCGACUAUAUCGGAGAGGGAAACAAGCUUAUUUUCCCGACAUUCUGGCUCAGCAGCGAAGGUCAACCUGCACUUAUCAGCGGCCCACCUAAUCCUUUGGGCUCGGACUAUGUCAAGUACUUCCUUGGCAAGGGCCCAUCAUGGAACUACACCGACUACACUGAUGACAUCAUUGCUUUGAGCGACUCCAUCAAUCCCGGCAAGGCUACUGUGGGCUUUGAUCUGUCCAAGUAUCAUGCGCGUGGUGGAAAGAUCUUGUCCUACCACGGAAUGAGCGAUGCCCUGAUUCCCACCGGCUCAACACCUUACUACUACAACCACAUCCUACGCACUCUCGCACCUGAGGGUAUCGACGUGGACUCUUUCUAUAAAUUCUUCCUGGUACCCGGUAUGGGGCAUUGUUCAGGUUCGCUACCUGGUGCACCGAACGCGCCUUGGUACUUUGCGGGACCCAACCAACAGCCUGUUGUUGGUAGCACCGUCUAUAGUACGCCAGGAUUUGAGAACAAGGAGCACGAUGUGUUGAUGGCAAUGAUGGCAUGGGUAGAGGAGGGAGAAGUUCCAGAAUACGUCGUUGGAACCAAAUACGCGAACGACACUGCUGCGAACGCGGUAACAAGGCAAAGACCGCUUUGCAUGUACCCCAAGCAGGCACAGUACACAGGCGAAGGAGAUGUCGAUGAUGCUAAGAACUGGGAGUGCAGCGGCCUGUACUAG